UUAGACAAAGGAUCAGAAAUGUAGAAAGAAUACAAUAAUCGAUAACUGAAUUUCCCACCAAAAUACUUCGAUUCAACUUCCGUCCACAACCCACCAAAAACCCCAAUUUCACAACUAUCAACCUUUUUUUUCAGAUUACAUUUUAGUUAUUUCAUGAAUCACAAACCCUAAUUUCCAUAUCCUUUUCCCCCCAAUAAUGGCGUCAAUCAUCACAUUCAUCAUCUUCUUCUUCUCUCUAAUUUCAUCAUCAUUAUGUCAAAGUCCGAUUUACUCGGCGUUUGUCGUGAACGCCACCGCGUUACCGCCGGAAGAAACCUACGAUUACAUAAUAGUCGGCGGCGGAACCGCCGGUUGUCCGUUAGCCGCCACAUUAUCAAUCAGCCACCGUGUGUUGCUUCUUGAAAGAGGUGGUAUGCCACAUACAAACCCUAACGUGAUGCGCCAAGAAGGGUUUAUAUCCACUCUUAGGCGAGUCGACUCGUCGUAUUCUCCGGCACAGGCGUUUGAAUCGGAAGAAGGCGUUCCAAAUGCUCGAGGACGUGUUCUUGGUGGCAGUAGCGCGAUUAAUGCAGGAUUUUAUAGCCGAGCGGAUGAUGAGUUCUAUAACCGAUCAGGUAUUGAUUUUGAUCUGAAUGUGCUUGAAAGAUCGUAUCUAUGGAUUGAGAGAGCGAUUGUGUUUCAACCGGAGUUGCAGUCGUGGCAACGGGCUCUUCGGGAUGGGCUAUUAGAAGCAGGGAUUAGGCCUUUUAAUGGAUUUAGUUUAAGACAUGUAAUUGGUACCAAAAUUGGUGGGUCCACGUUUAAUAGUUCGGGUCAUAGGCAUAGUGCUGCUGAUCUUUUGAAUCUGGCUAAAGAACAUAAUAUAAAAGUUGGUGUUUACGCUACUGUUGAGAGGGUUUUGUUUGAUGAGUCGAAUGCUGCUAUUGGUGUUGUGUUUAGGGAUGAUGCAGGACAUUAUCAUCGUGCAAUGUUGAGGGAGAACGGAGAGGUUAUUCUGUCUGCAGGGGCUAUAGGUAGUCCACAUUUGCUUCUGGUGAGUGGUGUUGGUCCAAGGGGGUAUCUUUCGUCUUGGGGGAUACCGGUGGUUUGUCAUUCUCCGUUUGUUGGACAGUUGUUGUAUGACAAUCCUCGAAAUGGGAUAUCUUUUAUUUCACCGACGUUACUGCAGCAUUCUCUUAUACAGGUUGUGGGGAUUACUGAUUCUGGUGCUUAUCUUGAAGCAUCAUCUAAUGUGGUUGGGAUUACUAGCCCUGUACAUUCUACUUUCACGAGGCCUGCUCAUAUGCAUUAUAGUGUUGCAAGCAUUAUGGAGAAGAUUAUAGGACCAUUGUCUGCCGGGACACUUAGGUUAGCCUCCACGGAUAUUGCAGUGAACCCGACUGUGCGUUUUAACUACUUCAGCAACCCGGUGGAUUUACAGAGGUGUGUGAAUGGGACAAGAAAGAUUGGGGAGGUAUUAAGAAGCCGGGCUAUGAGUGGCUUUAGGUUCUGGAGAUACCCUCGUGCAGAGUUUAGGUUUGUGGGUGCGAGUUUGCCUGCAAAUCAAUCCAGUGAUGAGGAGAUGGGGGAGUUUUGCAGGCGGACAGUGAACACAAUAUGGCAUUACCAUGGGGGAUGCGUAGUGGGGAGGGUGGUAGAUUCGAAUUUAAGGGUGCUGGGCGUUGGUUCACUUCGAGUGAUCGAUGGCUCUGUGCUCUCGAUUUCACCUGGAACUAAUCCACAGGCUACUGUUUUGAUGCUUGGAAGGCACAUGGGUUUGAAGAUUUUGAGAGAUAGAAUGCGCAAAUCAAGCACCUGAUUCCCUUAGGCUUUUAGUGUUAUACCACUUGUUGUAUUCACAUAUUCAUUCAUUAAUACUUGUUUCUGUUUAAAAAAAAAAAAAAAAGAAAAGUCAGUAAUACUUGUUUACAUGGCUUGUAAAAAUUUUGGCCUGAGAUUAAUAAAAUUUCAAAGUUUUAUAUGCAA